GAAGAAGGAAGUGACAUUUUCAAGUGUCCUUGUGCUGGUGCGGCUUCCUGAACAUUACGAUCUGAAGGAGAAAUCAUUCAUCACCAUGUUUAGGCAUUUAAGGACCCUGCAGCAGUUCUCCAGGAGGACCGUGUCCAGUAGCGCACCCCGACAGGUGGAGAAUAAAGUCCCGGGAAAGCAGAAGAUGUUUCAAGAAGACAAUGGCGUGCCGAUUCAUUUGAAGGGAGGCGUUACAGAUGGUCUCUUGUACAGGGCGACUAUGGCCCUUACUGUCUUUGGGUGCGGUUAUGUGGUGUAUUCAUUGCUCGACGCAGCACUGCCCAAGAAGAAGAAUUGAACAUGCCUCUCUAUUCAUGUGUCUGAGUUGUAAAGAUCUCUAAUCCUCAGAAUUAUGUCUUGUCAUUUAUUUUGAGUACAUUGGAUUCAUAUUUAUUGAUUGUACUAUAAAGCACAAUCAUUAUGUAAUAAAACGUUCCACUGUA